UUGAAUUGCGAUGGAUUCCGAUGAAGAGAUUCUGUCUUCGUAUUCUAGUUUGACUGUGACUUCAAGAAAUGAGACGACUAUUUCCACAAGAGAUUCUGCCAGCAACGCGAUGCCCGUUGUCGUUGUUGAUGAUGAGAUUUUUGAGGAUGCCAGCAGUGAUAUUAGUAUUUUAACAAAACGCCAAGAAUCAUCGUCAAUUCAUUUGGAUAGAUCCAAAAUGCGAAAAGCUGUUCAUCAGGAUCUGUGCACACACGAUCAGAAGAUCUUGGAGCCCUUGUUUCUGAGAAAGUGUGAACCGCAUCGAGUCCGACAGGGCACAGCGCCGCCUAAUGUUAUUCCGAUUCAAAAAGUGGAAAACGUGGAGGCUAAUAAGAAAUUCACUGGCCAUUCUGCACUUCUCGUCAGUCUCAACACCCCGACCUACUGUGUCCGCUACCUGGCCGCCAAUGCAGUUCACACUCCGAAAAAUGUGCUGAUCUUCGCUUCACCACUGUCCUAUGUGCGAUUUGUUGCUCGCCCCGAUCCACAGAGAACAAAUCAAUCAGUUUUCGAAGAUCCAUCUGAAACGGUUCGGCUUAUGAUGGCUCCUGACGUGGCAAAAGUCGCUCAGAAAAUGCUUCCCAAAUGGCAAACUGUCACUUUCACAUUGGCAUUCGGAAAGCAUGUGGCUGUGAAGUACCGGAUCAUUGAAGUUCGCAAGCAACCUGUCACCUACGUCAAAGCUAAAGCUGAUCGUGUGAAGCGCGUGUCGACAAGUACUCUUUACCGUACCGAGCCAGUGCAGAGAGUCGACUAUUGGCGCAGUUUCAAGUCAAAUGAGCUGAAGCUCUCGACUGUUGAGAAGAAUGAUCCGCAAAUAGUGAAACGUGUGUUUCUCGAGCAACAAAGUUUGAAUUGGGACCCUUCUGGAGUUAUUGGGACUGAGAAAGAGCAUCAUCACAAGACGAUCGUUAAAUCGAAGAAAAUUAAGACUGGAGAGGAAUUGAAUCUGAUGUGGCAGCGAACUGAUUUUCAUUAAUACUAUUUCUGUUGUAUAAUUAGUUUUUCUUAGAAUGAAAGUGUUUAUAAUUGAAC